UCUUUCGCCGUCCUCUUUCAUUUUUGCUUUCAUAGACGACGUUGUUGGAAAGAUCUUGACAAGAUGGGUCGUAUGCACUCACAUGGAAAAGGUAUAUCUCAGUCGGCGCUUCCUUACCGACGAAGUGUACCAACUUGGUUGAAACUAACACCAGAAGAUUGCAAAGAACUUAUCUAUAAGCUAGCGAAAAAAGGACAUACACCAUCUCAAAUUGGUGUCAUACUUCGUGACUCACAUGGAGUAGCACAAGUACGAUUUCGUACAGGAAAUAAAAUUCUGCGCAUUGUAAAGAGCAUGGGUCUGGCUCCCGAUCUACCAGAGGAUCUCUAUUACCUGAUCAAAAAGGCCGUCGCUGUGCGUAAACACUUGGAACGAAAUCGCAAAGAUAAAGAUUCCAAAUUCCGUUUAAUUCUCGUUGAGUCGAGAAUUCACAGGUUGGCACGUUACUAUAAGACGAAAGGAUCUCUGCCACCAAACUGGAAAUACGAAAGUUCAACGGCCAGUGCUCUUGUAGCUUGAUUUUGUUUAAAAAAAAAAAGUAAAUUGAUGUCUUCGGAGUUUAUUAAAGCAUAAUAUUUACAUAUUAUGCUUUAUUAAUAAAAAAAAAAAAAUUUGAUGUCUGGAGUUUAUUAAAGCAUAAUAUUUACAUAUGCUUUAAUAAACUCUAAAGACAUCAAACUUUUUUUUUUUAUUAAUACUGCCGCUACGAAUUACGUUAUAUACACACGCGAUAUAUAUGUACAC